AUGAUUCACAGCUUUAUGAUAUCUAAUUAUCUUUCGAAGGAGAUUUUAAAUUCAAUGAACAUUAAAAAAAAUACAUUUAUCAAAAGUGGAAUUGAGAGGCAUCGAAGAGAUAUACAUUUUGAAGGAAAAUCAAAGUGGUCGGACUUAAAAUCCUCUGAUGUGUUUUUGUUUGUGUCUAACGGAUCCUUACAGUACAAGUCAUGGUUUAAAAGUUUAAUGGCUCUAUAUUACCCCGAUACAAAUUUAAAGGAAAUAAGUCAAAUUACCCUUGGAAGCGGAAAUCGAUAUCGAAGAUCGUCAGAUCUAAAUCAGCCGAAUACCGUAGCGACCGAAGAAUAUGAUUACGGAGACAUUACUGGUUAUGCUUAUAAGGGUGAACAGGCAUCUGGAAAUAACUUCAUUACUCCUGGUGAAUUUAACACCAAAUUAAUCUUGAAGGAUAAUAUUGGCUUAAUUUUGAAGAAAAACAAUAAAAAUGGAUAUGAUCAUCCUCAAAGAGAUUAUACAUCCGAUUAUAAGGGACAUUCGAAGCGUCAUAAUUAUGUUACCGAUUUCUCGAACCAGAAAAAAGAAAUCAAUUUCAAGGACAUAUCGGACAUCGCACUAACUACUUUAGCAUUUUUAUCGUUCGGAAUGUUUACUCUACAAGUGCUUAUGUGCAUAGUUAUGGUAACGUAUAAAUUAAAAAAAAACAAAAUAUAUAAAAACUAG